ACGACAGAACACAGUCACGGUGCGUCGGUCGCUGAUAUUGUCGCGAUCGGACCUGAAUCAGAGAGUGUUCAGGCAUGGCGUGAGAGGUGUGGCAUUGAGACGAAUUCUCAAAUUCGCUUGGUCAAGUUGGCCCAUAUGCGAUACCAACAUCCCGACCUACAGGAGAUCACCGUGUUUCUCCAAGACUUUGGCAUGAAGGUGGCCAGUCAGACUGACGACGAAAUCUGGUAUCGAGGGUAUGGCGUAGACCCAUUUGUGUAUUACGCCAAGAAAGGCCCGAAGAAGUUCCUGGGUGGUGCAUUUGAAGUUGAAUCCUACCAAGAUCUGGAGAGGGCGUCGCAGUUACCGACUGCCGGUGACAUCGAGAACGUCGAGAAUGCCCCAGGAGGUGGCUAUUUGUUGACAUUGACGGACCCUGAAGGGUUUCCCAUAAACUUGAUAUACGGGCAAACCCCCGCUUCUGCUGGCCCAUACCCUGAGAUUUUGGAGAUCAAUUACGAAGUUGAGAAACCACGCGUCCGACGAUUCCAGCGCUUCCAGCCUGGACCCGCUGCAGUUCACAAGCUCGGUCACUAUGGAGUUUGUACGACAAACUUUGAAUCUCUUGUCAAAUUUUACACAACAAAUUUCAACAUCGUCCCGACAGACUUCCUCUACAUCGAAGCGGAAGGCGAGAAAAAGAAUGUCGCUCUAUUUGCUCACAUCGACAGAGGUACCGAUCACGUCGACCAUCACUCCUUCUUCAUGAGCUCGAAUCCGACAAGCCACGUUCACCACUGCUCAUUCGAAGUCCACGACUUUGAUACACAGGAGCUCGGUCACCAUUGGCUGGCAAGCAAAGAUUACAAGUCCGUGUGGGGAGUUGGUCGGCACAUUCUUGGGUCGCAGAUUUUUGAUUACUGGUGGGAUACCACUGGCAAUAUGAUCGAGCAUUAUGCAGAUGGAGAUUUGGUUAAUGAUCAAACUCCUAUCGGCUAUGGCCCGGCAGGUCAUGAAUCGUUGGCUGUUUGGGGGCCCGAGGUUCCUUCUUGGUUUUUGCAGUGA